UGCAAAGUUCCUGGCCGUUCUUUUCUAGUGUCGGGAACCUGAAUAUUAAAAGGCUGAUUGUGGAGUUAUCGGUUGUCUGUGUGGGCUUUUUCGUUCCUUUUCCUAUGUUCAUUCUUUAUUUUAAAAUAUCCAGGUAAAGCGAUAGCGAGCCAGGAACUUAAAGACAUCAGUGGUGAAGGGGUGAGUCAGCGGGUGCAAAACGACUAGCCUUUGGUUCCUUGAAGAGACGGUCCCCUCUUUCCCCCGGAGAAGAGGCGGGGAGUGGCUCCGGGGACAGAAACCUGUCCGCUCCUCCCCGGUGCUCCGGCGGGUGGCUCUGCAAAGACGCUUCAGGAGGACGCUACACCAUCAACUGGGUCUCCGCAAGUAUUUCACACCCUCGUUCCCGGCUGGCGUGUCUAAGAGCUGGAGCUACCAAGAGUCUGGGACAGCCCUGAAUGUGGGUAACGGCGGGACCCGGGCAGCGUCCAAAUGCCAGCGGUUGCUGUCUUUGAGCAUCGACGGCUGAUCCACGCUUGCCUAUGGUUUGCGGGGAGACUGGCGCUGGAUGUUUGAAUUCCAAAUUGCUUGCAGAAUGCUGAAUCUUCUCCCCAGCAGGACGAACCACACCGUGCAGACAAGUGGGCUCCUGUAAUGCUGGGAGUGCAUUCUGCAACGUGUCUCUUCCAGGACCUUAAUGCGGAGCCUCGGGUAGGAAGGGAGCUGGGGCCCUGGGCCAGCGCGGUGGGUGAAAAGAAUCUGCGAGCAUCCCCGCGCGCCCCUGGCCAUGUCACCUUUAAUGCCUUGCUCCUUCGCGUGGCAUUCUAAGGGUUCCCUGGGCUGGCCGGGGUUGUUUCCCACCCGCGCGUUCUCUCUCCGCCCCAUCGAAACCCAGCCGGCAGGGCUCUCCUGAGCGGAGACCUUUGGAUCAGCUGCUCCCUCGCUCCCGCCCCCGCCCCCGCCCGGGGGUGGCCCAGGAGAGCCGGACCUCACCCAGCCCGGCUGGGACCAUGGUGUUUCUUUCCGGAAAUGCUUCUGACAGCUCUAACUGCACCCACCCCUCGGCACCUGUGAACAUAUCCAAGGCCAUUCUGCUCGGGGUGAUUCUGGGGGGGCUCAUUCUUUUCGGGGUGCUGGGGAAUAUCCUAGUGAUCCUUUCGGUGGCUUGUCACCGGCAUCUACACUCGGUCACUCACUACUAUAUCGUCAACCUCGCCGUGGCAGACCUUCUGCUCACCUCCACCGUGCUGCCCUUCUCAGCGAUCUUCGAGGUCCUGGGCUACUGGGCCUUCGGCAGGGUCUUCUGCAAUAUCUGGGCGGCGGUGGACGUCCUGUGCUGCACCGCGUCCAUCAUGGGCCUCUGCAUCAUCUCCAUCGACCGCUACAUCGGCGUGAGCUACCCGUUGCGCUACCCCACCAUCGUCACCCAGAGGAGGGGUCUCAUGGCUCUGCUUUGCGUCUGGGUGCUUUCCCUCGUCAUCUCCAUCGGGCCCCUGUUCGGCUGGAGGCAACCGGCGCCGGAAGACGAGACCAUCUGCCAGAUCAACGAGGAACCCGGCUACGUGCUCUUCUCGGCGCUGGGCUCCUUCUACGUGCCCCUGGCCAUCAUUCUGGUCAUGUACUGCCGGGUCUACGUGGUGGCCAAGAGGGAGAGUCGGGGCCUCAAGUCAGGCCUCAAGACCGACAAGUCAGACUCAGAGCAAGUGACGCUCCGCAUCCAUCGGAAAAAUGUCCCGGUAGAAGGCAGCGGGAUGGCCAGCGCCAAGAACAAGACGCAUUUCUCCGUGAGGCUCCUCAAGUUUUCCCGGGAGAAGAAAGCGGCCAAAACGCUGGGCAUCGUGGUCGGCUGCUUCGUCCUCUGCUGGCUGCCUUUUUUCUUAGUGAUGCCCAUUGGGUCUUUCUUCCCUAAUUUCAAGCCCUCGGAAACAGUUUUUAAAAUAGUAUUUUGGCUCGGAUACCUAAACAGCUGCAUCAACCCAAUCAUAUACCCAUGCUCCAGUCAAGAGUUCAAAAAGGCCUUUCAGAAUGUCUUAAGAAUCCAGUGUCUCCGCAGAAAGCAGUCUUCCAAACAUGCCCUGGGCUAUACACUGCACCCACCCAGCCACGCCCUGGAGGAGCAACACAAGGAUAUGGUGCGCAUCCCAGUGGGAUCAGGAGAGACCUUCUAUAAGAUCUCCAAGACGGAUGGAGUUUGUGAAUGGAAAUUUUUCUCUUCCAUGCCUCGUGGAUCUGCCAGGAUUACAGUGUCCAAAGACCAAUCAGCCUGCACCACAGCCCGGGUGAGAAGUAAAAGCUUUUUGCAGGUCUGCUGCUGUAUGGGAUCCUCUACCCCCAGCCUUGGAGAGAACCAUCAGGUUCCAACUGUUAAGAUCCAUACCAUCUCCCUCAGUGAAAAUGGGGAGGAUGUCUAGAUAGAGGUCAGGUGGAAGAGGGGAUUAUCUUAAAUACCCGUCCUACUUUUUUAUACAGAAGGCCAACUCACUCUUUCUGGAGGACGAGAAAGGACCACCAAAGGAAGGGACCACCUAGGAAUGGAGAGGAGGACCCAACUCAUCAGGCAGUGAGCAGGGAAAAGGGAAGAUGUCUUGCAGCCAACCAGUUCAGAAUGAUGCUAAAUAGCAUUUCCCUGCAGCUAAGACUCCCUUAGCCGUCCUGAGCCCUCUUUCCACGUUUGGCCCUUUCUGUGACAAAUACCAUGGGAAACAGAAUCUCAUCCACAAUCCAAAAGACUAUAAAUAUAGGCUUAUGAUUUCAUCAUGAAUAUUUUGAGUACACACUCUAAGUUUAGAGCUAUUUCUUGAUAGAAGUGAGGGGAUUUUAUUUUCAGGCUAAACUUCUUGACAGCCACAUUUGACAUUUAUGGGGAGAGGGCCUAGACAAGGAGAGCUUUAAGAUGGUGGCUGAUAUCCAGGGACAUUAUUUUUAGAGCAAGUUUUAAAACUCCACCAUUGCUGAUAUAUCUAGCUUCUCACCUUGGGUGAAACUCGACAGUGUGAUUUACCUUAUCCUUCAUUUUGACAGGCACUGCUUCUUGUUCCCCAAAGAUGUGGAGUAUGCAUUGUGUUUCAGAAUGUAAUAGAGACAUAUUCUCUUAUCCUUGGUCUGGAGAGAACUGAAAGAACCAGUCAGGGUACAUAUGGCUUUACCUAAGAGAAAACCAUAGACAUGAGGGUUGUUUCCUAAACUUAACUACUAGGGACAAAAAUCCAUUAAAUAAUUCCAAGAUCAUAUGAAGGAAGAUUUCUUCUAUAACAUAUAUAAAGAUCAAGAGGUUAGGGUGGGGUAGUAAUUUCAUGCUAAUAUAGAGGCUGACAAAUUACUCCACAGUCUUUUAGAUGUGGCCUAGAAAGACCUGUCUUGGUAAAUCGCUUACUUUUUCCAGAACUGUGUUAUGAAAACCCAGAGCUUAUAAUAUUUUGAAAGGCAAACUAUUGACUUGCAUUUUCUUUCAUCUGCUCCACUAAAGUAUAAUGAAUGAGGUUUCACCUGUGGCAUGUUGAAAUGAGCCUUAUAAUUCAGAUACAUCUUGAAAUUUAAAAAAUACUAAUGCUUAGCUUCGGACAGGUGCUGACUGAUCACCAAAGAACUGUCUAAAGCAAGAGUUUCAAACAUUUUUUGACAAAAUUCCAUUUAUUCUGGUGAAAGAUCCAGUCACCCAUUCAACUUCAUCUGUUCCCACUUUCUGCAGGAACUUGUGGAAUACACUCCUUUUUCUUUUAUGUAUGAUAAAUUUGGGUAAACCUUAAUAACUCAGUAUCUAACUAAUGAAGAAGAUGCUAACUCUAUGUAACAAUUAAAAUAUGCCUGUCAUUCCACAAUAAGAAUUUGAAAUGGGAUUUUAUAGAGUAAUUCUUCAUAAAAAUUACUAGUCUAAAACUACUGAGCAUUUUCAUGGCCUCUUCUGUUUGCCUAACCUCCUCUGAGAAUUUCUAAGCAGGUGAUAGCUGUUACAUAGCCUUCACCCCAUCAUCCUUCCCUUUCUCCCUGACAGCAAAAUGAUACUUCCCUUAAAUUCUUCUAAAGAGCAAAUCUCUUUCCACGUUGCAGUGGAGGUUAUCCACGUGGAUUUGGAUUUUGUUGUUAAUUGAUUUGGAUCAUCUAGAAUGCAACUGCUUCCAUUUCAGAAGCCAACUUGGGGAGGCUGUCUUCUUAUUGGCCAGAUACUAGACUUUUGUUCAGAAUCUGAAUUCUGACACUUGGAUGUUAGCAAGAUUCUUUGGGUCUCUUGGCAUAUUCCACAACAGCUCUACCAGAUGUGGAUAUCCUAUUACACAUUCUAGAAGAGAAGAAAGCAUCUACAAGAACUUGAAUAUACAAAUCUCACUUCUCUUCAACCUUGAAAGGAAAGAUAGGUUUCAUUGUUAGGAGGACCUUAUUUCAGAAGGUGAAUUUAAAAAUCACUCUUGUUCUUGCCAAGUAGAUGCUCAGAAAGAGUAUCCCUAUGGGAGAAUGGUAGUCAUUUUUCUUGAGCAAAAUAUAAUCUCAUGUUAGAGAUGAUUUUUAAACACCUGUAUCAUUUUAAAUGUUAGCUAUAGGAAAGCAAGGUACACCAGAAAGCUAGUGUUAAUGCCACUUCUAAUGAAAAUAAACAACUAGAAAAUCUUUUGGUCAACAAAUAAAAACCAUGACAUUGUAUCUGUGUAAAACUACCCAUAAAUAAUUGUCUACUACCCUUUUCCCCAGACCUCCUCCCUCCAGGGAAGCAAAUUUUUAACAUUUUUGUUUUCCUUUUUCAUAGUGUGAUAUUGAGCUUAAACAUGUCAAUUUUAUAAGAAACUAGUCAAAACUUAGUCAAAGUGGGAUAAACAAUAUUCAAGUUGAGUUACUUUUUACUCAUCCACAAAAAUCCCUGUACCUUUAAGCAUGCCAAAAACUAUCUAAAAUGGUUACAGUUAAGCAAAUGAUUGUCAUAUUUAUACUAACAUGUUUACUGCUUCUAUUUGGAGUUUGAGGAAUUUGCCCAGGGUAACAGUGGUUUAAAUGUCUUCUCUCAUAUGUUGUAAAAAGCAGUUGCUUUGGGACUGUUUGAUCAUCACAAAAGUCAAUGUGAUAUGAAAUAGGCAAAAUUUUAGUUUAUUUUACAAUUCAAGUUGCAUACAUUAAGAAAGACCUUGAAUCUUUUAUGCAAAAAUCACCCCAGACUAUUGAAUGAUUUGAGAAAAGCAUUUUGUUCAUCAUAGUUUUCUUUCCUUUACCUCUCUCAUGUCUUACCCAAAACUGCUUCUGUUGGUAACCACUUCAUGUGUUUAACACUCUCAAAAAUUUAAGGCUUCUAAUAUGCUCACUACCUACUUGGAUUGGUUCAUCCAGGGUAGACAAUAAGACUGGAGGAAAUAAAUAUUCUCUUAAGGCUU